AUGUUUAAAAAAAAAGAAACUGUUAUGGAUCAUUAUCGAACAACAACAGAUACAAACAAACUAUCAACUGUUAAAAAAAAAACAACAAAUAUAAUAAAACUACCAACUGUAACAAAAAAAGCAACAGAUAUAGUAAAACUGUCAACUAUGGCACCAGAAACAACAACUUAUGAAUUUACAACAACGACUCAUAAAUUUACAACAACGACGCAUGAAUUUACAACAGCAGCGGCCAACCCGACGACACAAGUGCAAAGCAAGCCAAAAUAUAACAAAUGGAAACAGCAUGGAAUUAGUGUUGCUGGAGGAAAUGAAUACGGAGAUCAAUUAAACCAACUCAAUACUCCUACUGGGAUUUCUAUCGAUGAUAACGAAGCCAUUUUGAUUGCUGAUACUGGAAAUAAUCGUGUUGUUGAAUGGAAAUAUAAAUCGAACAGUGGUGAAGUGAUUGCUGGCGGGAAUGACGACGGAAAUAGACCAGAUCAACUCAAUAUGCCAAUCGACGUAGUUGUUGACAAAGAGCAGAAUGCGAUAAUCAUAUGUGAUUCUGAGAACUAUCGAGUAAUGCGGUGGUUCCGGCAAAGUGAAAAAAAUCCACAAAUUUUCAUUUCGAAUAUUAAUUGUCGUGGUGUGGCAAUCGACAAAGAUGAGUCUAUUUAUGUUUCUGAUUCGAUAAAGUCUGAAGUGAGACGAUGGAAACAAGGAGACAUAGAUGGAACACUAGUUGCAGGUGGAAAUGGUGACGGAAAUAGUCUAAAUCAAUUCAGUAAUCCCGGGGAAAUCUUCGUCGAUGAAGAAUAUUCUGUUUAUGUAACAGAUAUUGACAAUCAUCGUAUAAUGAAAUGGAAAAAGGAUUCAAAAGAAGGUAUUGUUGUUUUUGGCGGAAGUAAAAACGGAAAUGAUCUCAACCAAUUAUUUCAUCCUCAAGGACUGGUUGUUGAUAAAUUCGGUCAAAUCUUUAUCGCAGACUCUGGAAAUCAUCGAGUUAUGCGAUGGUAUGAAGAAGAUACAAACGGUUCAAUUGUUGUUGGUGGAAAUGGUCAAGGAAAUGAAUCAAAUCAAUUAUAUUUUCCCAAAGGUCUAUCAUUUGAUGUUGAAGGGAAUCUCUACGUUGCCGAUUCUGGUAAUCAUCGAAUUCAAAAAUAUGAACUAUGUACCGAAUAA